AUGAACUUGAUGUUAUGGAAGCCCCUGGAAGGGAAUGCUGAAAGGAGGAUGGAAUUGCCAUUGAUCAUGCUUCUUAGUGAUCCUGAAAUGGAGAGCAGCAUAUUAAUCAGCUCAGAUGAGGGGGCCACCUAUCAGAAAUACCGGCUCACUUUCUACAUCCAGAGUUUGCUCUUCCAUCCCAAGCAGGAGGACUGGGUGCUGGCCUACAGUCUGGAUCAAAAGCUCUAUAGCUCCAUGGACUUUGGAAGACGGUGGCAACUCAUGCAUGAACGCAUCACACCCAACAGGUUUUACUGGUCGGUGGCCGGAUUGGAUAAGGAAGCGGACCUGGUGCACAUGGAGGUGCGGACCGCCGAUGGAU